AAAAUACUGAGGUCUAAAAUGGGGUUUCUUAAAAAUAGAAUGGUAGUUCAUUUAACCCGUUUAAAGCUUUCUCUUUCCAAACGACAUUGCUUUAGAGCGUUAAACUUUCAUUAACCUAAAAACCAUAUCAGCCCUGAAUAAAAUCCAAAGGCAUAUAAUAACUAUAUUUUGGUAAAUAAGUUAAUUAACUUUGACCAAUUUUUUUAACAUUCAUUUAUUAUUGUAAUAGUAUAAAAUUAGUAUAUAAAAAUUAUAUUAAUUGAUUUAUUUAAUUUCUUAUUAACUCAUGCAUAAAAAAAAAAUUACUUUCGGAACUUGAAAUCCAACUUUUUUAUAUAUAUAAAAUAAUGAAUUUCUAAAAAUAGGACAUGUAUCUUUUCAAAAUGGGCCUUGCUAUAUCCAUACUGAAAGCCCAAAACCAUCUAUCCCUCAGUCCCUCUAGAGCUCUCUUCCUUCGCUUUUGCCGGCGUCGAAUCUCGCCGAAACCUCUUCCGUCUAACUCUCCAUCUGUAAGUCUCCACCACCAUCAUUAAUCUAAUCUCUCCCUCGUUGCUCUCACAUAAAGUUUUCAGCUCAAACCUGAGCAUGAAUCCGGCGAGUUACCAGCCUCCGUUCCACUGGGCUCCGAUGCUACCUCCCGAUCCACCUCGCUGCGGUGCGUUCUGGAACACCAAGAACAUAUCCGAUCAGCUCAAACAGCUCGAAGAUACAAUCCACCUCGCAAAAUCAAUGGAGAAGGAACUAGAUGCAUUGAGGAUGAUCAAAGAAGGUAAAGGAUCAAUGGAAACUGUGGAGGGAGGCUCAGGAGGAGUUGAGUGUUUGAGGAGAUGUUUAGAAGUUGUGAAGGUUGAUUUGGAAGAGCAGGAGAAGCUUUCAGUGGAAGCUGCUAACUCCUUGAUGUCUACGUUAAGAGCACAGCUUGAGCCUUUUAGGUUUGCUGUUGACGAGAAUUCUCCAUGGGAGGAGAAGUCUGCGGCGGUGAGAUUGAGUUGUAGGAUGAAGAAGUCUAAAAGGAAUAAACUUUGGAAGAAGAAGAAGAGACGUUGCCUUGCAGAGAUGCGAGCUAAGGAGCCUGAAAGAUUUGAACAAGCUGAUCGAGAGGCUGAUGAAUGGAGGGAAAAGGAAAUGGCCAAGGACAUGGCUAACAAAAAGGUUGAUGAGAUGAAGGCUAUUGAGAAGGUCAAGGCGAAACGAGAGCGAAGGAGAUUAGAACCGGAGCUUGAACUAGCUCUAAUCGUUGAGGAAAUGCAAGAGUUGCGUUCGCUAAGAAUCGAAAAACUGAAGAAGCAAGGUCAUUUUCUUCCGGAAGAAGAUGACAAGUUCUUCGAGAGUGUUCGAGCUGCGGUGGAGCAAGAGGAGAAUCAAGCUCAGUCUGUAAUCAACAUGGAGACCGAAGAGAAUGUCAUUCCCUCCGAGGAAGGCACUACUCAAACCACCGGUAACGAAAUCAUCAACAAAGACACGGAUAAAGAAAGCAAUGAUGUCGCAGCAGCGUCUUGUGAAAAGACAGUAGAAGCUCCUCCUCCUGACAAAGGUGUCGACAAUGUGUCAAAUUUACCGGUCGAGUGCUAUCAUUAUUACUAUGGAAGCAAUUUGGACAUGGGUAGACUUAUUGAGAUCAGAAGAGAAUGGGAUGCAUAUCUGAGUCUUCUCUCUUGUAUACAGUGGGGACAAUGGAGAAGGAAAGGCCUUUACCGAAAUCCAUUCCUAUGAUACAAGUUACCGUUGGAACGGUGUGCUUUUCUCUAAGCUUUUGGUUUCCCUUAUCUAGCAGUCAAUGCGGGAGAACGUAAUUAGCAUUAAUGGAGGAAAGAAUUAAUAAUACUCGAGUUUUAAUAAAGCGCUUCAGUUAUAAUUUUCUUGGUUAAAUCAAAUGUGAAUUUCUUCUUAAGUUGACAUAGUCAAGAACAAUAGCCAACAUGUUUCUUUUA